AUGUCCAUCCAAGUAUCGGAAAUGUCCAAAACCUAUCAAUAUCGCAAGGUGAUGAAACCAAUGUUGGAGCGCAAACGACGCGCGCGCAUCAACAAGUGUUUGGACGAGUUGAAAGAUUUAAUGGUCGUCACAUUGGAGUCGGAGGGUGAACAUGUCACACGCCUGGAGAAGGCCGAUAUCCUUGAGCUGACCGUUGCCCAUCUGCAAAAAUUAAAACAACAACGCAAGACGGCCGCUUCUAAGGGUGGCGCCAUGUCACAAGCUGAGGGCUUCCGUUCCGGUUACAUACACGCAGUCAACGAAGUGUCACGCUCAUUGUCACAACUGCCCGGUGUUAAUGUGAAUCUUGGCACCCAACUGAUGACACAUCUUGGUCAGCGUUUGAAUCAACUGCAGCCCGCCGUACAGACACCAACGCCCAUCACCGCCCCAUUAUCCGUACACAUUGUCAAUAAUAUGGCCGGCCGUGCACACUAUUCUGUGCCCAUUUCGCCCAUCUCAAGUUACAAUGGCAGUCCCAAUUCCAGCGUCAGCAGUGAGAAACAUAGUAAUAGCAGCAUCAGCCAGAGCCUCCUCACCACUUAUAGUGGCCAUUCACCCAUCGAUGCCAGCAUUGGCAGUAAUGCGGCUCAGGCAGAGGAGGAAGAUGUCUGGCGACCAUGGUAGAGUGGCACACGCUAAACGGCACCGAAAUACGCCCCAGUACAAAACUUAUACAGACGCAGUUAAAAUGCUCAGUGAUAAAGUCUUCCAGACACGCAGACACAUACCGAUAGGUAUCUGCCGUCAACCAACGCAACUUAAAUAAGCGAUACGCGCAUGCGCCAUGUCGCCAACCAUAAAGCUUUAAAGUGAAGGAGAGGCAUUUGCAAGUGG